AUGCAAGUUCUACGACCACGGGGUACAGGGCGUGUGGGUGAUUCCAUGCUGCAAGAGCUUCGUCGCUUCCUCGCCCCGUUGAAUUUCACACAACUAGGAUUAGAGCAGGAUACCGUUAUAGCUAAUGUGGGAGAAUGGAGCAUACGGGGAUCGAAGAUUAAUAAGCUUUGCAAGCUUUACGGUUCUGGGGCGAUAUUAGUCUUGCAUAAGCAGCUCUCUAGAAGCUUGUAA